AAAUCCACCGUUUAUAAAAAUCUAUUUAAACUCGAGCCUCAGAAUCCAAAAGAUGGUUCAAAGAAUAUCCCGAAAUAAACUUUCACAUACGAUCGAGUUCUGAUACAGUGUCACGAUAUUUAUUACACUCGUAAAAAUAUUUCUUAUUAUGCUUAUCUCUUUUUAUUGAGACCGUUCUCCGCAGCAUACAUGCAUCUAUAUAUAUUUAUACGUAUUAACGAAGGCUUGCCUGGUACAGCACUCGGGUAUUCCCCGAUGAGUUUCCGCUAUGCCAUCAUUGCACGGUGUGUCGUCUGUUUUUAUCAGGAAAGCCCAUCAUUUGAUUAUUAUUAUCCAGACAUAUUGGCAACGGAUAAUGUGCAGUUCCUUUCUUAUUUAAUUUUCCUUCCGUUUUCCGACUCUUUUAGGGACACAUAUUCAACAGUAAUAUUUGAGAGUAUGUCAUACGAUGCCCGAGGACGUUGUCAUUUCUGCUACAAGAGACACAUCGUACCGGUAUUCGGAAGCGACGAGGAAGCACACAUACUCCUACAAAAAUCGAAUUUGAGACUUGUGGUUUUGAACACAGUUUGUUCUCCUUGCAUUAUUAAACUCCAAGAUAUUCUCAGAAUGAGUUUUCCCGAUUUACCUCUCGAACGGAUAACUGUUAAAAAAGGUCAUACCGAGAGUUCAAUGGAUUAUCAAAGUACCAGCAAUUUAAACGUAAUGAAAAAGUUGCAAGUCGACGAAAAUUUUCAAAUUCAUGGUCAUAAAUCCACAGAAGCUGAUAUUAAAGUUAAAAGAAAUAUCGCAUCUAUUGAUACAAAAUACGAGACUAAUAUCGAUAAUUCCGUACAAGUUCCCGAAAAUGUAGAAGAUAUAAAAAAGAAACAAUUGACAUGCGAGUUCUGUCAGAAGGAAUUCAAUCACGCAGGGGAUCUCAACAAACAUAGGAGGAAGCACACCGGCGAGCAACCUUACGCGUGUAAUAAAUGUGAACGAAAGUUUGCGACAUCGUCUAAUCUCGUCAGGCAUCAACAAAUACAUCUUGGAAUAAAAUCAUUCCGCUGUCAAAUUUGCGAACGUACUUUUACCCGAAAAAUCAAACUAUCUGCCCAUUUAGUAGCAAAGCAUCAUGAAGCUUUGAAGUCUAAUUAAUCAAUGACAUAAUGCGAUAUAAAUUAUAUGUAAAGUACAAUACAAAUAUAAAAAGUAUUAAUGGAUUGUAAUAAUACAUAGCAUAAGAGUUAACAAAAA